AUGCGUCUCCCAUACGUUUCAGACCCUCCACAAACAACCACACCAGAGGAAGCCAGAAUCCUCUCUAACGUCCAAGCCCGCCGUGCUCCAAACCCCCUCCUCCCCCUCGACCUCGCCCUCCUACAUUCCUUCCCCGUAACGGACGGAUGGAACUCCUUCAUAGGGGCAAUCCGCACCCGAACCAGUCUCUCCACGGUGACCCGGGAGCUCGCAAUCUGCCGUGUAGCGGUAAUCAACGGCGCGCUCUUCGAAUGGGAACAACAUGCACCACUCCUAACGGAGGGCGGACUGAGCGACGAGGCGCUUAAGGUCGUCGGAGAUGCGCAGGCUGAUUUGGAUGGCGAGCUUGCUUUGAGCACGUUGAGUCCGGAACAGAGGGCCGUUGUGAAGUAUACCGAUGCUAUGACUAAGACUGUUACGGUGCCUGAUGAGGUCUUUGCGGAAUUGAAGGGUUGUUUUAGUGAUAAGGAAGUUGUGGAGAUUACGGCUACCGUUGCGGCGUAUAAUUGUGUUAGUCGGUUUUUGGUGGCGUUGGAUGUUGGAGAGAAGAAUCAUUAG